AAAGCUAAUGACGUCUUGCGCAUGCUCAGGUUGGGAUACAGAGGCUAUAAGGAAAAAGUGCCAGAAACAAAGAAAUAAACAACCUCAGGAAAGCAGAUAAAAACGGCAGUUUUACAGCAGAGGAACAACUCCGAGUCCGGAGAGUUGUGUGCUGAUUGCGGUGUGUGUCUUCGGUGGUGCGAGUUCUACAUGACUGCCACAAGUUCAGGAGUUUUAUUUGGUCACCUGUGUGUGUUUUCCUGGAUGUCUUGCAACAUCUGAUCUGAGCCAGAAUGGAAAGAACUGCUUUGUGCUAGAGACCGCUUUUGGUCUUCAGCAGGUCUACAUGCAAGAACCACAUGUAGGACACAGAAAAGAGAUGCCAGUAUUGAUUUCAAGAACAUUUCCUUGUUUUGUCAUCUGCUGAUUAUUUUCCUUAUCUUCACUUGUACGCUCUCCCUAGAUAAAUUGAACUGGCUUCAGUUUUCUCAUUGUAGCUUUCUUCCCCUCCCCUUGCCAUACACCUCACGCCUCUGAGUGGUUGUUGUGGAGAUGACAGCGGUGACAGAAUAGCAGAGUAUCAGGGAUGGGGAGUACACCAUGUUCUGGUAAGGGGAGGGGAGUAGGUAGUUUUCAGGAGCUGGGCUGUAUGCCAUGGAAGGUGAGCAAGCAGAAAGGUGAGGCUGUUGGAGGUGGAUGUGCCUCUGAAUCGUAUGAAGCUUUAAAUGCCGGCGUCGUCCCUCCUCCUCAACAACCUCCUGCCAUCUACCACGAGAAGCAACACAGAGAGUUAUGUGCUCUGCAUGCACUAAAUAAUGUCUUCCAGGAUGGUGCUGCAUUCAGUAGAGAGACACUUCAAGAAAUCUACCAGAGGCUCUCUCCUAGCACAUUGGUAACCCCUCACAAGAAGAGCAUGCUGGGCAAUGGCAACUAUGAUGUAAAUGUCAUCAUGGCUGCAUUACAGACUCGAGGGUAUGAAGCUGUUUGGUGGGACAAAAGAAGAGAUGUGAGCAGUAUUGCACUGCCAAAUGUGAUGGGCUUUAUUUUGAACGUGCCAUCCAACCUUCGUUGGGGGCCUCUGCGUCUGCCACUCAAACGGCAGCACUGGAUUGGAGUGAGGGAGGUGGGUGGAGUCUACUAUAACUUGGACUCAAAACUGCGCAAUCCCCAUCUCAUUGGAAAUGCUGAUGAACUCAGGAAGUUCUUGCGUCACCAGCUUCGAGGGAAGAACUGUGAAUUGCUGUUGGUUGUGCUAGAGGAGGUGGAGGUCCAUCAGACCUGGAGGAGUGAUAACAUUUGAUAGUUUUCUUGGAUUGUUCAACUCAUGCUCAGGAGGGAAUGUAAGGUUCAAUCAGGGAACCAUAUAAGAGCAAAUGGAGUUGCACUCAAUGAGACACAAAAGCACACUGGCAAGACCCUUUGUUUACACACACAUGCGCAUACAAAAAAAAAACGCAAAAUGCUGGACACAGACUCAAGCAGAAAAGGACAAUAACACACAGGGAUGUUGCAAAAACACUAUACUGUUCGAUAAGACUUUCAUCUAUAAGACUUUCACCAUUUGGAAUUUGGCAAUGCAUUUUUAUAUGUCUGCCAUUUUUGUUUCAUACUGUUUUAGAUUCAAAAUGAGAUUAAAAAUUCAGUAAUGCAUUCUAUGUAUAUGUUCCACACAGUCACUUCUUUGCUCUUCAUGUGAUUUUCCCCUUAUGUCCAUAUGAUUGUUUAAAUUACACCUCAGCCUGUACUGUGGCAGUGGAAUGUUUAUUUAGCCACCUUAUAAAAGGAAUAUGAAGCACCUUCACUUGAUGAUAAAUGGUAUGUGGUUUGUUGUGGGGUGUAACUAAUAAGUAUCUAAGCAACACAGUGUGGCAAAGUAAUAACUGGAAUUCUCAUGUUAAUAUCUCCUAGGAAAACUGAAAACAAGAAAUAUUUUCUGUCUUGUACUACAGCCAUGAUACCUACAAUGGUUAUAAUUCUUUCCUUCACACAGAUACAGUUAAACCCAUUGACCCCUUACAUGGAUUAUUUUACAUGAAUAGUAAAAAUAAUCAUGUCCCAUUGCCAAACUGUUUGUGCUGUGAUUUUGAAUGGAUAUUAAGGAUUUUUAAUCCUGACUUUCAGAAAAGGUUUGAGAAAGAAAACAGAUUUAGUUCAAGUGCUGGAGUUAAAAUAGUUUUGUGAGAGGUAUUUAAAAGGAUGUGAUUUGUUGUUGGUUGUUUGUGUUGGUUGAGUAAUUAAGCCAAUUAUGCAGUAUAUCUGUAAGUUUGUGUAUACUGUUCAUUGUGGGGGGGGUGUCAGGUAAUCACAUUAUUCCAAAGGGAAAUCUAAAUGUAAACCUCAGGUUUUCUUAACUGCACACUCUCAUUUGAUUUAGCUAGCAUCUAGAUAUAGAAGAAGGAACUUUUCUAGCAUUCUCGAAACUUUGCUAGACCAAAAAUAUAUUAAUAAACAUCACUGUUAUACAGAAGGGACAUUCCACAUUUACAUACACAGGGUGCUUUUGUUAAACUGUCAAGUGUUUUGAUUUAUUUGCCAUGACAAUCCCAGUCCCUCAUGUCCCUUUUUAGGGAAGAUGUAGUCACAACGUGAUCAUGCCAUUGUUUUCCAUGCAAAUGCUUGUAAUGGCACUUUAUGUAUAAUCAAAGAUGUUGUGGCAUCAAUAAAAUGUCUUUGUAUGUAAAA